UCUGCCCCAUGUCUACCAGGUAUGCUCUAUGGAGGAUGUCAGCUACAGCUUGGCUCUGCCCCAUGUCCACCAGGUAUGUUCUAUGGAGGAUGUCAGCUACAGCUUGGCUGUGCCCCAUGUCCAACAGGUAUGUUUUAUGGAGAAUGUCAGCUACAGCUUGGCUCUGCCCCAUGUCCACCAGGUAUGCUCUAUGGAGAAUGUCAGCCACAGCUUGGCUCUGCCCCAUGUCCACCAGAUAUGUUUUAUGGAGAAUGUCAGCUACAGCUUGGCUCUGCCCCAUGUCCACCAGGUAUGCUCUAUAGAGAAUGUCAGCCACAGCUUGGCUGUGUCCCAUGUCCACCAGGUAUGUUUUAUGGAGAAGGUCAGCUACAGCUUGGCUGUGCCCCAUGUCCACCAGGUAUGUUUUAUGGAGAAUGUCAGCCACAGCUUGGCUCUGCCCCAUGUCCACCAGGUAUGCUCUAUGGAGGAUGUCAGCUACAGCUUGGCUGUGCCCCAUGUCCACCAGGUAUGCUCUAUGGAGAAGGUCAGCUACAGCUUGGCUGUGCCCCAUGUCCACCAGGUAUGUUUUAUGGAGAAUGUCAGCCACAGCUUGGCUUUGCCACAUGUCCACCAGGUAUGCUCUAUGGAGGAUGUCAGCUACAGCUUGGCUCUGCCCCAUGUCCACCAGGUAUGUUUUAUGGAGAAUGUCAGCUACAGCUUGGCUCUGCCCCAUGUCCACCAGGUAUGCUCUAUGGAGAAUGUCAGUCACAGCUUGGUUGUGCCCCAUGUCCACCAGGUAUGCUCUAUGGAGGAUGUCAGCUACAGCUUGUCUGUGCCCAUGUCCAACAGGUAUGCUUUUUAGAGGAUGUCAGUAACAGCUUGGCUGUGCCCCAUGUCCACCAGGUAUGUUUUAUGGAGGAUGUCAGCUUGGCUGAGCUGAUGUCCACCAGGUAUGCUCUAUGGAGGAUGUCAGCUACAGCUUGGCUGUGACUAUGUACACCAGGUAUGUUUUAUGGAAGAUGUCAACUACAGCUUGGCUGUGCCCUGUGUCCACCAGGUAUGCUCUAUGGAAGAUGUCAGCUACAGCUUGGCUGUGCCAAUGUCCACUAGGUAUGUUUUAUGGAGAAUGUCCGCUACAGCUUGGCCGUGACCAUGCCCACCAGGUAUGUUUUAUUGAAGAUGUCAGCUACAGCUUGGCUGUGACCAUGUCCACCAGGAAUGUUUUAUUGAAGAUGUCAGCUACAGCUUGGCUGUGACCAUGUCCACCAGGUAUGUUUUAUUGAAGAUGUCAGCUACAGCUUGGCUGUGACCAUGUCCACCAGGUAUGUUUUAUAAAGGAUGUCAGCUACAGCUUGGCUGUGACCAUGUCCACCAGGUAUGUUUUAUUGAAGAUGUCAGCUACAGCUUGGCUGUGACCAUGUCCACCAGGUAUGUUUUAUUGAAGAUGUCAGCUACAGCUUGGCUGUGACCAUGUCCACCAGGUAUGUUUUAUAAAGGAUGUCAGCUACAACUUAGUUUUGCCCAUGUCCAACAGGUGGGUUUUAUAUGUUUUAAUUAGCUUGUCAGACCUUUGUUAGCUCACCUGAGCAAAAAGGGGUCAAGGAUGAGGUAUUGUGAUUUUAAAUGCAUGAUUUACUGCAGGAGAAUUUCAAAUACAUUUACUUUAAAUUACAGUAAAUUUGUAAUGGUAUGUAUACUGAACUUACUAACGAUAAUCACAUGAAACAUAAAGUUGAUAGGAAAUAAACCACGGGUUAGAAUUGUACCAUUAGCAGCAUCAAGAAAAAUGUUUCAUAUUUAUUUUGCAAAAAAAACUAAGAUUUUUAAGUUGAGACUAAUUGUUGGUACAAAUUUAUAAGAUUUUAAAAGUUUUCCAUGUACAGUAGUCAUAUACAGUGUAGUGAAAACUACCCCCGACCUUUGUCAGUAAAAUUUUAACACACCAACAUGGCUUGAAAGAGUUUGAUAAGGUCCACCUUAGGCCAAAAUAAAUUGGUUUGGUAAGGAUUACAUCUUUUUUAAAAACAGGCAGGGUAGGUAGGCUUUUUUUUCUUUUUUUUAUAUUAAGCUUUAUAUACAUGUAAGACAUUAUUUUUAUCAUUGGAGAAUGGUUCAGUAUACAUACCAUUACAAAUUUACUGUAAUUUAAAGUACAUGUAUUUGAAAUUCUCCUGCAGUAAAUCAUGCAUUUAAAAUAACACACUGUCAAGCUAUUCAUCAUGUUAAGAUUACCCAAUCUCUUACAAUAAUGAUAAAUUGUUUAAUACUAAACCAUGGAAAAUUGGCCUAAUACUUGAAAAAUAAUUACCGGUAUGAAGCAUUUCUCAUAACAUUUGUUUUAUUUUCUACUCAAGUUAUAGUGAAAUUCUAAACCUCUUACAUGACUGUCUUGUUCUAUUUUUGUUUCAUGAUAACUGUUUAUAAGUUUAGUUUAAGUUUCAUCAUACAGUAUUAAAAUUACCGGUAUGCAUUCCAAAAUACAUCUGACUUAAAAAGUUCAACAUGUAAAGAUAAUCGUAUCUCUUUCAAUAAGGCUACUAAAUUAAUGUGAAACUAAACUAAACUUUUGUUUGUUUGUUUAGCAUUAAGUAAGUUAUAGUUAGCUGUUUUCCAUUGCUUGUUUGUAUUGUAUUAGGUCUGCUUAUGUAUCCUGUAUUGCAUGCAGGAAGUUGCAUUAUUUUCUAAUAAAGUUUCAAAGUUCAAUUUAUAUUUUCUCGAUUGUAAAGGCAUCUGAAAUCUGAUAUAUAAAUCAAGUCUGUCACCUGGGCAGAAACCUAGGAAACCGUUAUCCAAGAUUAAAAUGCAGUACUAAAAACCCAAUAUGGCCAAGGCCAUUAAUAUUUGGUAAAAAGCCUAAUGUAGUGGCCUUUUACCAAUUAGUUAUUAAAUAAUGCCCCUAAGGUCAAAAUUGUUUAUGGCACAGGGCCCGGGUUUUUAGCUCCACUGGCCGAAGGCCAUGGAGCUUAUGUCGUCACAGAUUGUCCGUCGUGAGUGCGUGCGUGCGUGCGUGCGUAAACUUUUACUUUAAACGACAUCUCCUCUGAAACUGAUGAGCGGAUUUUGACAAAACUUCACAGGAAUGUUCCUUUGGUGGUCCUUUACCAAAAUUGCUCAAAUGGUUCCGGUCCAUUGCACAAUAUGGCCGCCAGAGCUAAAAAUAGCAAAAUCUUUAAACGACAUCUCCUCUGAAACGGUUCGGCAGAUUUUGAUGAAACUUGACAGUAAUGUUCCUUGGGUGGUCCUUUAUUAAAAUUGCUCAAAUGGUUCUGGUCCAUUGCACAAUAUGGCCGCCACAGCUAAAAAUAGCAAAAUCUUUAAACGACAUCUCCUCUGAAACGGAUAGGCAGAUUUUGAUGAAACUUGACAGAAUUGUUCCUUGGGUGGUCCUUAACCAAAAUUGCUCAAAUUGUUCCGGUCCGCUGCACAACAUGGCUGCCACAGCUAAAAAUAGCAACAUCUUUAAACGACAUCUCCUCUGAAACGGAUAGGCAGAUUUUGAUGAAACUUGACAGAAUUGUUCCUUGGGUGGUCCUUUAACCAAAAUUGCUCAAAUUGUUCCGGUCCGCUGCACAACAUGGCUGCCAGGGCAAAAAAAUAGAAAAACCUUUAAAGAACAUUUUCUCAGAAACCGAUGAUCAGAUUUUGAUGAAACUUAACAGAAAUGUUCCUUGGAUGGUCCUUUAUCAAAUUUGCUUCAAUGGUUUCGGUCCACUGCACAAGAUGGCCACCAGAGGUAAAAAUAGAAAAACCUUUAAACGACUUCUCCUCAGAAACCGAUGAUCGUAUUGCAAUGAAACUUGACAGAAAUGUUACUUGGGUAGUCCUUAACCAAAAUAGCCCAAACAGUUCUGGUCUGCUGCACAACAUGGGCACCAGAGCUAAGAAUAGAACAAAACGUUAAACUACAUCUUCUCAGAAACCGAUUAUCAGAUUUUGAUGAAACUUUACAUAAAUGUUCAUCGGGAUGCCCUUUAACCAAAAUUGCCCAAAUGGUUCCGGUCCGCUGCACAACAUGUCUGCGAGAGUUAAAAAUAGAAAAACCUUUAAGGACUUCUCGUCCGCAGUCUUCACGAAAAACAUUUUAACCUACUAGCCAGUUGGACUAGCAUAAUGGCAUAUUUUACUAGUCCGAAUGACAAUCUAGUAGUCCGACUAUUUUGCCACAUUAUAAAACUGUAUGCUUGAGGUAAAUACCUAUUUCAAUUGAGCAGC